AUGGUGCGGGCGUUCAUCCUGCUGGCGCUGGGCGGGGCGGACCCCCCUGCCACGCCCGGCCACGCCCCCUCUAGCCCCGCCCCUUGCCGCCUCCUCUACGCCCGGACUUUCGGGCCCCCCCCCCGACCCGGGGGACCCCCCCGGCAGCGCCUCCGCCGCAAGGAGGAGUUGCUGGCCGUGGCCAGGCAAGUGGCCUCCCAGUGCCGGCUGCUUCAAUCGUCUUUGGGGCGUCCGUCUUCCCCCCAGCUCCCCCAGCUCCCCGACGAACCAAUCUCGCUCCAAGAUGCCCCGGGGGGACUUUUCCAGCUGCCCCCCGGGGACCCCUUCCCCGAACGAACGACGGUAGCCUGGCUGUCGGUUUUGGCCCUCGCCUUUGCCUUGGUUUGUGACCCCCAAGAGAAUCUAUCGUUGGCCGAAAUCACCCUACGCCGCCUGGCCCCCCGCCUGCUCGUCUCCCUCCGACUCCUCAGCCCUGGUGCCGAUGUCCUGCUCCGACCCGAGACCGCCGACCUCCUCCUCGAUCGUCUCCUGCCCCACGGGCAGAUGCUUUUCCUCAAUGAACGUUUCCUUCAGGCGAUGGACCGGGAGAUGGGCAUCAAAGCAUCCCGCUGA